AUGGGGAGAUCAUCCAAGUCUACAGGUAGUCGCGCCUACGCCACCAUCAAGUCGGGGUCCAAAGCGUCGGCCUACACAAUCCACGAUGGUCGAGGUAUCCGGCACGGCGGCGAUGAUGAGGAUCUGCUUGGAGGACCCGACACGUUUGUGGAGCUGAGUGAUCUGGCACCGGGGGACUGCUCCGCUCUCCAAGUUGCAAUCAUUCAGGCAGCCGGGUGUGUCGGUCCGACGGCGCUCGUGCUGCCCUACGUCUUCUUGCUGGGCGGAUUCCUGCUCACACUCGUGCUGUUGCCAAUCUUCGCGUUCGUGGCGUGCGCCUUGAGACUGCGACUCGUCCAGCUUGGCAUCUCCCACGGGGUCUACUCGCUGCAUGGACUUGCUGCAAUGGCCUUCGGUGCUAAGGGUGCAAUCGCGUCGGGGUUCCUCCAGCUCACGGUAUCAGGUGGCCUCAUCGCGACGUACUUCGCCAUUCUCUUCCAAGACUUGCCGGUGUUGCUCAGUCAGGCGCUGGGGUUAAACCUGGAAGACAUGGGCUCGCCCGAUGCAGCCGCCAAGGACCCGUCGAUGGUUUGGCUCCACAGAGACCGCGUGCGGUUUGCAGAGCUCUUGACGAUCGGAGUGGUGAUUCCAUUCUGUCUGGCGUGGUCUUCCCAUCCAAAGUUGAAGCGGUCGUGCAUUGUGGUGGCUCUAUCGUUGUUCGUCGCCUGCAUCUUCGUCUUGGCAAACACGCCAGCGCUCCACAAGCGUGACGUCCCGUUGUUCUCCAGAGGAGUCACAAGCGACUACUUCGCGAUGCACGUGGCCGUUUGCCACUCGAUGGCGAUUCUGGCAACCGCGUUUGCGAGUCCGCAUCACGUUUUCCACUCGUUCUACGCCCUCCGCAAGCGUUCAAUCGGUGGAUUCGCGGGUUUGUCCAUCGGUUCUACUCUCAUAUCGAUCUUCUGGGCGCUUGGGUUUGGUGUCGGCGGGUAUUUGUCCUUCCUGUCCGACACUCGAGCCGAUGUACUGCAAAACUACAUCAGUACUGGGGGCGAUCUGCCAUCGAAGAAUAGCUGGGCGUUCUGGAUCAUGAUACCGUUCUGCUCCAUCGUAUGCAUUGCGCUUGAGGUCGUCGUCUCUCGGCACACGUUCCUGUUCUUCUCGCGAAAUAAUUACUCGCUUCACUCUGAGGAGGACGACGUGUUGUUUUGGUCGCAGACUGGAUCCAGAAGUUACGCGGGGCGACGCAAGUCUGGAGCUCGUAAAGGAGUCACCAUAACCCAAACCAGUUUCGGCUGGAAGAGCAGCCUAGCCACUACUCUAUUGGUGUUCACACUCGCACAGAUCGCGAUCUUCACGCGAUACACGAUUGCGAAGGUAAUGUGCGCUACUGGUGCAAUAGGUGGACUCUCCCUCUUGUUCAUCCUUCCUGCUGCGUGCCACUUGAGACUGACUGUGGGUGACGACGACGACGAUCGAGGAGGCUGGCUGCUCAUGAAACUUUUCCCCACGCUUAGCAUUGCAGCCGGCCUUGUUGGUAUCAUCUCUUCCGCCAUCGUGGCCGCCGUGCAAGUGUUUCCGUAG